UAAACGUUUAAUCAUGCCUGAUCCAGUGAAAGCGCCCAAGAAGGGCUCUAAGAAAGCCGUCUCUAAGAGCGUAUCUAAGACCGGCAAGAAGAAGAGAAAGACCAGGAAGGAGAGCUACGCCAUCUAUGUGUACAAGGUGUUGAAGCAGGUCCACCCUGACACCGGUAUCUCCUCCAAGGCCAUGAGCAUCAUGAACUCGUUCGUCAGCGACAUCUUUGAGCGUAUCGCCGGUGAGUCCUCUCGUCUUGCUCACUACAACAAGCGCUCCACCAUCACCUCCAGGGAGAUCCAGACCGCCGUCCGACUCCUGCUGCCCGGUGAGCUGGCCAAGCACGCCGUGUCUGAGGGAACCAAGGCCGUCACUAAGUACACCAGCUCCAAGUAAACUAUCAACUGUUUACUGGAAACACAAAGGUCCUUUUCAGGGCCACACACUUGCAACUAAGAGCUGUACUCCUCAAAUGUCAAACGUUUCUAUUUUGAUAAUUUAAUUCACAAAGUUUAUAUUCUUUAAUGUUUUGUAUGUAACAGGUCUGGACAAUACUAGGAAUUUUGUAAUCUAUCCGAUACCAAGUAAAGUACAGGCGUAGUAUCGCUGGUACUUUUUCUUGAAAUGUCGUGAUCAAUGGGAAAAACUAAUUUUCCAUUUAGUUAGACAUACAAGUAUUUAGGCACAUCUUUUAAUUAUAAAAG